CAUCAACGCCAACGUGUACCUGUGGAAUUGCCGCCCCUAUCAGAUGCUCUUCACGCUGCUGCUCCACGCUCGGUUCUUCGCCUGCUACAAGCCGGACCACGAGUCCAGCGUCAAGCAGAUCGCGUACCUCGUCAAGGGCGCCAACAGGCUCUUCUGGCUGGACCUCGAGAGCGGCAGCAAGACCUUUUUUCACAUAUGGAACUUCCUGCACCGCGUCGUAACGCGCCCAGAAUACUGGCGAGGCGUCGUCAAAAAGAAGUACAUGGACCUGUUCGACUUGGUCGCCAAGUUCUACUUCUACUACAUGCCGGACCACGACCAAUUCCUCGCCUUCACUCGCGCCACCCAGGCUCUGUUCGACGAGUGCCGACCCGCCCUCGACCUCCCGCCUAACUACGCCAAUCUGGACACGCUCAACCUCUUUUGCGCCGGGACCAUCAGAACCCUCAGACUCAUCAAAAACGAACGCGCCAUCCUCUCCUACCUCUCCUGCUGCCUCUACUUCGGCGACCAGGAGCGACCCACCUCCUCGCCGCCGCCCGCUACCCGCCCAUCGGCACCCCUCAACCGCAAGACCCGCGUCCUCCUCGCCAACACUCUCGACGACCUGGCCACCCCGGGAUACCCCCUGUACCCCACUCCAUCCAUAAAGAAGAAGUCCCGUCAAGUCAUCAACCAACUCUGGCCUCGCGGGCGCUUCUGGAGAAGCACCAUCAACUUUCUGUUCAGGCUGCUGCGACCACCUUCGUUCUUUCACUGGUAUCAAAAAACCCACGUCAGCGGACUCGUCCGCUCCAUCUGCGCGCUCCCUCUCCGCCUCCUGGCCUCGGCGCGCUCCGCCCUCCUCUCGCUCCGCGUCCGCGCGCGCGAAUCGCACGACGCCGCCCUCUCUCUGUCACCACGCUUUUCGGCCAACAACCAAAACACUUUUUAUCGAAUUUUUUUUCCGCUUUUGUGCCGCCGCCUCUCGACGGAUAUCCCGACCGCGAAAAACGCAGCCCCCCCUCGACCGGGAGACGGCCGCUCCUCCUUCUCCUCUUGA